AUGUCGGGAUUUUCUAUGGUUCCCAGAUUCACCAAUAAUACUGAUGAUGAUGAUAAUUCCGUUCAUUUGAAACAUAAUAUAGGUAAAGCCAAUCCACUUCGAUCACCUAUAAGAAAAAGUCGUAACAGUAACAACAAGAACGAAGUGUUUUCGUAUAAUAAUCAUAAUCAUAGUUCAGAUGUAUCGAUUGAUGAAAAAAUCGCAAAGAUUAUACUGAAUAGUAAAACCAGUAUACAAGAAAAUGGUAAUGAUAUUAUAAAUGAUGUUCCUAAUGGGAAAUUUGUUCAAGAAAAAGAAGAGUUCGAUGAUGAUGAUGAUGAAGAGGAGGAGGAGGAGGAAUUGGAUGAAUUUGAUACUAAUAAAUCGUAUUUGAAAUUUUUGAAUGGAGAACUAAAGGAAAGUAUUAAUGCUAAUGAGGAUGCCAACAUUGAUGGGGGUAGAGGUGAUGAAGAUUAUGAAGAUGAUGAAUAUAUACUUAGUGAUAGUGAUACAUUUAAUGAAGAACUGUUAGAAAGUGAUUUUGAUGCAAGUGGUUAUGAGGAUGGAUAUUUAAGUGAUGGAGAUCAUGAGUUUGAUACUGAUCGAUUUAAAGAGAAAAAUGUAUUCAACGAUGACGAUGAUGAUGAUAAUGAUGAUGAGAACAACAACAACUUUACAAAAGAGAAUCACUAUAGAUAUCCUCGAACAAGACUGAAUAAACUUAAUAAACAAGAAAGCUUUGGAUCACUAUCGCGAUCACCAUCGAUACUGGAAUCAGAUGAAAUUAAUCUUGUUGGUUCCAAGUUGAGUAAUGUCCAGCAUGAUAACAAUAUUAAUUGGAAACAAUAUAUUAUAAUUUCAUCGAUAUCAUUUCUUAUAACCAUAUUGGGGUAUUUAUUGAUAACUGGACAAAUUUCCACUAUACUACCGAAUCUAUUUCCGUCAAUUGGAUCUUUUGAUACGAUUAAAAUGGCUAAAUUAGAUGGGAAAUUACAUCGAUUAGAUCAAGAAUUGAAAAAUUCCCAUGAAAAACAACAAGAAACAUUGUUUCAAUUACAAUCACAAAUUGAUCAAUUGAAUAAUAAAGUUAUUAAUGUUAUUGAGAAUCAACAAUCAUCGUCAAAAAGCAAUCAAAAUAAAUCAACUAUUACCAAACAUGAUGAUAAUGACGAUAAAAUAAUAACGUUAGAAAAUAAUCAAAUUCAAAUAAGUCCGGAAUUUCAUCAAUUUUUAUAUAAAUUUAUUGAUAAUUAUCAAAAUUCUUAUCUUGAUGAAAAAUUACAACAAUUGGAAAAAUUUAAUGAUUUACAAGAAUUACAAAAAUAUGUUGAAAAAUUGAUUUCAAAAUCAAUGGAAUCUAUAAAACAAGAUAUUCGAUUAGAUAUUGAUAAUAUUCUUGAUAAUUUAACUUUGGUCUCCAAUAAUAACAACAACAACAACAAUGGCAAUGGCAAUGAAACCAAAAAUCAUAAUGUGAUAAUUGAUCCCAAAACAAAUAAAUUAUGGAUCAAUUCAAUACUUGAUUUAAUAACUCAAGGAACAUCAUCAACAUCAAUCAAUUAUGCUGAUUAUUCAACUGGUGCAAGAAUCUUGGGGUUUCUAACUACUUCUUCGUCGUCUUCUUCUUCUUCUUCUAGCCAUAAUCAUCAUCAUAGUAUAUUAGAAAAAAUGUUAUAUGGAUGGUGGAUAUAUAAAUCCAAUUUUUAUCAAGAUGAAUAUAAUGCCAAUCAUGUAUUAUUAGAUGAUGAUAUUGUUUGGAAAGGUGGAAAUCAAUUGGGUAUACGAUUAAGUACCAAUAUUAUCCCUACUGAUAUAAUUCUUGAAUGUCGAGAAGAUAACAAUUCUCCAUCACCGUCUCAAGGAAUUUUAUUAUCAAUUGGAUUUAAACCAAAUACAAAGAAUGGAUUUAAUAAAUUAUCAAAAAUUCCAUUAUCUCAAUUAACUUCUUCACAAUUACCAAAUCAAAAUGAAAAUAAAUAUAUUUCAAAAUUUAAAUUAAUUAAACAAUAUCAUAUUAAAUCUUUUGAUAAUAAUGGUAUUUAUCAUAUUCGAUUACCAAUUAGAUUUAUUAAUUUACAAAUUAGUGGGAAAGAUUUAUAUUUCAAAUUUGAUAAAAUUGGUGAUAACAUCAAUACUUUUAGUGAUACUAAUAUUAAUAUUAAUAAUAUUAAAGUUUAUGGGAUAAAUGAAAUUAAUGCCAUUAAAUAUCAAGAUAAAUUUCAAUUAUUAAUUGAUAAGUUCAUUGAUAUUGAAGAAAAUGAUCAAAAUGAACAAAUUAUCACUACUAAUAAUAAAAGAGUAAUUGAAAUUAAUACUAAUGAAGAAGAAAAAGAAAAAGAUAUAAAUGGUGAUUCUGGGAAAUCAUCAAUGAAUUUUAUGACAUCAAAACAUUCAGAAAAGUAUCAACAACAAUAUGAUAUGAAUGAUGAUGAUAUUUAUUUAUGA